UGAGAGAGAAACAGAUUUUUCUCUAAACCAGUUGGGUGUGAACACAAGGAAAGAGCUCUUUCCCCUUGAAGGUGCUCUGGUGAAGAUAUGGCAACUGUUACGCCACGAAAAAGGAACUAUAGUUCUACUGAUACUGAUGGUGUAUCCUUAGCGUUUGAGACGCCAGUGAAAAAACUGAUGGCAAGCUUUGAUGAAGAUCUGUCUCCGCUCAAGAAAUCGAGAAAUAGUUGGUGUGCUUCUCAAAUAAAAAGAUUAUCUUGCUCCAGUGAUGAGCAUAAAGAAAAUGAGGCUAUACCCACGAAGUCAUCACUGUCAAGGAAGCUGGAUAAUUCUCCUCUUCAGACAGCCAGUGUUCCCACAGCUGCAUGUAGGGAAUUCUCAAAUUCUAAACUAUCCCCAAAGACUGCUGCCUCGUACAAGUCCAUCGUGCCCGUGGUGUCCUUUUAUAGCAAGGAAAAGCGAUACCUUACUCCUCUUGAGAGGAAACAACUGAAUGAGAACUACUCUUUUGGUGAGAGGAAAAAUGAUGAAAAUCUCCCAACUGCCAGUAGGACUGAGAAGACUGAUGUGAACUUCAGCAAGAAUAUAAGCUCAAAACCAGCAAAGCACACAAUAAAUUCCAGACAUGGUAAAGCUGUCCCCAAAAAGCUUAAGAAGGCAAAGGGAGAUAUGCCACCUGGUAAACCCAGCGCAGAGAAAGAGAAUGCUAAUUGUCUAAUUAAAAAGAAAAUGGAGUCACCUUUCAGAGUCCUAAGCAUGAAAGUCAAACCCGCUCUGAAACUCCAGUCAGGAGCAGCAUUCUUUUCUGUCAGAAAGAAAUCACACUCUGGUUCUAAAAAACUACCUGUAGACCCUAAGUCACCCCAGGAGUCCCCCCAGGAGCCCCCCCACUCUCCACAAAGAAACGAUCAACCCAGGCUUCUGAGAGCUAAUCAGUCUAAUUCAGCUAAUACAAAAAAGAUUCUUGAGGCUGGUGGUAUAUCGAGGAGUAUUUCUGUGCCUCAGAAGAAGGAAAAAGAAACCAGGGAGGGAUUUACAAAUAUCAAAAAUGAAGAGAGAGAAGCAGUUUGUGAAGGCAAGACAUCUCUGCAGAAAAGUGAAAGCACCUCUGUCAUUCAGUUUUGUACUUCAAAAUCUCCAGCUGUGGAAGAUACUGAUGCAGAGAAUGUGGAUUUUGAUGAAAUUAGUUCUUCUACUGCCUGUGAAUCAGAUGAUCAGGAGAUUAUUCCUUCAAGCCAGUCUCCAUGUGAGGGGAAUAAGAAAGUAUCCUCUUCAGCUGCCGUUGUCUACCCCAUAUUCAGUGCACCCUCUGCUAGCAGGAAAAGGGCACAGGCUAACCUAGAUGAAUUGACUCUUCCGUGUGGAUCCAACCCACCUGCAAAAAUGGCUCACAACCUGCAGAAAAACAAGAAGACAAAAGAACUCUGCAAGCGCUCCAAAGAUCAGAUGAUAAUUGAUGCUGGUCAGAAGCAUUUUGGGGCUGUCGUUUGCAAGUCGUGUGGCAUGAUCUACACAGCCGCUAGCCCAGAAGAUGAAGCCCAACACAUCCAGCACCACGAGAGAUUCCUCGAGGGACUCCGAUAUGUGGGCUGGAAGAAAGAACGGGUUGUGGCAGAGUUCUGGGAUGGGAAAAUUGUAUUGAUUCUUCCAGACGACCCAAAAUACGCAGUCAAGAAGGCAGAUGAUGUGCGAGAAAUUGUAGAUAAUGAACUAGGAUUUAAGCAAGUUACUUUGAACUGCCCAGCCAAGACCAAAAUGUAUCUGUUUGUGUCCAAUGAGAAGAUGAUUGUUGGGUGUUUAGUGGCUGAAUCAAUCAAACAGGCUUUCCGGGUGCUGUCAGAGCCGGGAGCUGCGCAGUCCCCUGGGCAGGAUGCCCUGCAGCACCAGCGAGCCUGGCGCUGCUCCGCAAAGCCCGAACCCGCCAUCUGCGGAGUCAGCAGAGUCUGGGUGUUCAGCCUGAUGCGCAGGAAGGGGAUCGCGCGUCGCAUGGUGGAUGUGGUCAGGAACACGUUCAUGUAUGGGUGUUACCUAAGCACGGAUGAAAUCGCCUUCUCUGACCCAACACCAGAUGGCAAGCUGUUUGCAACUAAAUACUGCCAAACCCCUAACUUCCUUGUUUACAAUUUUAUUUGUUAUAAUCAAGUCAAAUCAGUUAGUGUAAGUUGAAUCAAAGCUUAAUUUGUUAAUCCCUCUCAAACAAUUUGUGUUUUUAAAAUAACAGUGAAGUGUUGUUACUGGGCCAAGCUGCAUUUUCCUACUGAGCGCUAGUUCUUCUCUCCAGCUUGUGAUCAAGCUGUGAGGAAAGAGGUGUGUCACUUUCUGUACAGAAUUGUUAUAUAUUUUAAUGUAUACUGUGAAACCAAGCAGCCAAAAGUUUGCUUGGAUUUCAACUAGACUUUUAAAAAAAAGUUUAUUCUGAAACUAAGUUUUAUUGCAAAUAACUUAAUUUCUUUAAAAGUUCUGUUAAUAUAAAGAUGUCUGUCUUCCCCUGAUGCGUGGGUACUUAGCUUUCUGCAGUGUGCGUGUUUUGGUGUUGCUGUAGG